CAAUCCACUCAUAACUGGAGCAGGUAAGGACUUUUAUUGGGGCUCUAAACCCAUUGCAUUCAAAUGCUCUAACUAUCAAUAAGUGAAAAGAAACCUCCUCCUGCUCCCCUCCAGGCCUCCAUCUCUCAGUUCUCCAUUGUAGCGCACUCAACAUUCUCCAUUGAAGCGCACUUCACUUUUUCAGCAGCUUCUGAGACAACGAAUAUUCACAAUGUCUGAAGCAAAAGGUAAUGAAAUUGGUGAUAUCGAUUUCGCUUGGGGUAUAAAGAGAGGGCGUGGUGGCCAAAAGAAGGAGGUGCGAUUCUAUGACUCUUUUACGUACGAUGGUGUGGAAUACUUUCUCUACGAUUCCGUAUAUCUGUUUAAAGAAGGUGAAGAAAAACCUUAUGUCGGUAAGCUUAUCAAAAUUUGGGAACAUACAAUUACUAAUGCAAAAAAGGUUAAAGUACUUUGGUUUUUCUACCCUUGGGAAAUAUCAAAUUAUCUUAACGGUGAGAAUGUGAUGGAAAAUGAGCUAUUUCUAGCGAGUGGUGAUGGCAAAGGCUUGGCAAAUAUUAAUCCCUUGGAAGCAAUUGCUGGGAAGUGCAAUGUUGUUUGCAUUUCCAAAGACGAGAGAAAUCGGCAACCCUCAGCUCAAGAACUUAAGAUGGCGCAUCAUGUAUUUUAUCGCACAUUUGAUGUCCAAAAUCAUACCGUUUCGGAUACACUGGGUGAAAAAAUAGCCAUGACUGAGGUCAAUUUGUUAUUAAACAAAAAUGAUUUCCAGCCCCUUGAUCUUUGUGUGGUAGAUAGUGAGAAUACCGCUGUGGGUUUAGAGGAAUCAUUGAUUUCUCAUAAAUAUAUUCUUGGGGCUGAUGGUACUAUGGAGCGUGAUGCCAGUAAAGGCUCUCUAUUGAUGAAAGAUAAACAAGAGGCAAAAAGUUUACUGGAUAAGUCAAAAUGUCAUCAUGUAAGAAACACUGAUGUUGAUGAACUUGAUAAUUCCGAUUUAGUCGCGGGGAGGAAGAAAGUGCUGGUCAAUAAAGAUCUUAAAGGAGUAGAUGAGGAUGAAAAUUAUGAUGAUAAAGGUUCGAAAGGAGAUGGCAAUGCUGAUGUACCUGAUGGUCUUGGUCGUGUGGUUUUGCCUGUUACUGAAGCAGCCUUGGCUUCUAGUGGGCAAAAAAGAUUAAGAGCACCGGAUUCCAAGAAAAAUGACGUGAAUGAGAAAGGUGUGGUUCCACUUGUUGCUGCUGCUGAAAACAAAAAAUCCAAACUAGUGAAGGACAAUCACCAGGCUAUUGUUGCUGGUGCAGAAGUAAAGUCUGAUCACUCUGAUGACAAGCCAUUCAAAAAAAUCAAGAUUGAUGGCACUGAUCUGCUAUCAAGUGGCAAUGGUGGGACUAGCACUCCAAAAUCUGCCACUGUUGUGAUCAACAAGGGCUCUCAUUCUGCUGUUCGUAUAGAUUCUAAUAAGAGAGGCAGGCUGAUCAAAGAAUCCAAUGGUAUGAGCAAUGGCCUUUCUAAAAAGCUCAAGUCAGAAGGAAAAUCUGAUGACAAGCUGCUUGACGUGUCUGCCAAACAAUCCAAAGAUAAGGAGGGGUCUGCUGCUCUUUACAUUUCAGCUAAUAAGGCUUCACAAUCUUCUAAUGGCGAUGCUGAAACUGAUAAUAAAGGCAAAUUUAGUAGGAAAAUAGCUGGUACAAGUAAUGGCCUUUCAAAAAAGCUGAAGUCCAAUAGCAUGGUAGAGGAUAAAUCCAAUGAUAAUUUGCGUAAAGCACUCAUUAAGAAGCCUAUAGAUGAGGAAGCUUAUGAUUGUGUUAAGGAAGUCACUCAACGACCACCUGACCGGAGUAAAUGGUUCACAGCAAGUCCUUGGGAAGAAAGGAUGAAAGAUGCCCAUGAUCAGGGAAGACUUGUUCUACUUCAAAAUUUGGAUCCAACCUUCACCUCCUCCGACGUUGAGAAUAUCGUUUGGCAUGGUUUUGGUGAAAGUUGCAACGCAAAGGUGGUUCAACAUACUGCAACAUCUAGUCGACGUUUCGGACAAGCAUUUGUCAUCUUUAAAACACGGGAUUUAGCAGAGAAGAUCAUAAAAAGGUUGGACAAAGAGUGCUUAAUGCUCCCAAAUGGAAGGCCUCUUGUUGGCAGUAGAAAUGGUAUAUGCUUUCCUGGAAAGCCUUCUCAGUUUCCUGGUCACCUGAUCGUUGAUAAACUUAGACACCAAAUGCAGCGGGAAACGAGGGAUGCCGUAUCUACUUCACAUUCUGCUCAGCCAAAUACAAUUGAAUAUGAAAUGGCACUUGAGUGGCGCUUACUUCAGGAAAGAUCGGAAUUAACAUGGAAGAUGUUGUACAAGAAACAAGAAGAACAGAUUAAAAAAAUAAUGGCAAACAAGAAGUCAAAAUGAGUGAAGUCGAGUAAAAUCUUAAUUUCUUUCGGACUUGGCCUAAGUUAAACAUGUCAUCAUGGACCAGAUUUGGCCUUCCGGUAGGGACGGUUGCUGUUGAAAUUUUGGGUGAUUUUGGCUCAGCAGCAUCUAGAGACUUCUGCGGUGGUGGUUAGUAGCAUUGUGUCUCUUAUGUGCACAAUUUUUCUCAUCACCUUUGCUAUCCUUUUAAGUCUCAAACAAAAGUGUACAUAUCUGUAAAUUUACAAAACUCUCAUUUCCUUUUCUCUUUGGUAAUGACAAUCAUUAGUGUUCUCUGUUGACAUUGCUUCUA